CAAAGCGCUGUCUCCCGACCGGCCAAUCAACAUACAAUGACAUUCAUUCAACAAUAGUCGAGCGGUUCUCACACCUGAAUGAGACAGGUGUUUGUUGUUAUUACACGUCGCGAUUUUUUCACUAAUUACAGAUUGUAAAUUAACGUCGUGCUCAACACUUUUCCCAAACAACAUUGUGUGACAACAAAUAACUUUCGUGUUCAACUUUGUAUGUUAAGUGUGACAAAACCGUAAAACUUUCUCGAGUUAUCAAUUUCGCGCUGUUAAAUGUGAACGAAUUGUUGAAAAUGAGUUGAAUAAACUUUAUAGUGCAGUGACUGGAGCAGUAUUUUAGGAUAUAAAAUUAGGAAGAUUCUAAAAUGACGACGGAUAGAUUCCACAAGGCCGCCAAGGAUGGUCUCCUCGACGUGCUGCGGGAAGCGACAAGAAAGGAGUGCAACAACAAAGAUGAGUCCGGGAUGACUCCGACACUCUGGGCAGCAUUUGAGGGACACAUUGAGGCGUUACGGCUGCUAUGCGGCAGGGGGGGAGAACCAGACAAAGCAGAUUACUUCGGCAACACAGCCCUCCACUUAGCAGCAGCACGAGGGCACAAGGAAUGCGUGACCUUCCUCGUGAACUUUGGGGCCAACCCUUUCGCGAUGGACGUCGACGGCCAUACUUCGCAGGAGCUAGCAGCCAUCAACAGCCGGGACGACAUCCUCCGGUAUUUGGACCAGACUACAGCCAAAUUGGAAAAUAAUGACAAAAAAAAAGCCAAAGCCCUCAAGGAAAAAGCUAGGAAAGACUACGAAAAGUACCACAAACAGUAUCAAAAGCGGCAGAGCAAAGCCGAGCUGAUGGCUGAGAAGGAACUGAAGAAGUUGGCCAAGGAGUGGGAGCACGGGUACAAUGACGACAUGGGCACGAUGCCUCACAGACCUAGCAAUGUCCUGCUGGCGUUGAAACAGAAGAUGACCAGGUCUACAAGUCAAGGUAAUCUCCUGGCCGAAGAGGCGCCCCGACCAACUUACAGUGCGCUGGUCGGCACUGUGAACUCUGGCGUGAGAGGUCGAGGGGCUGUGUACAAGAAGGCCCUCGCCAGCAAACUGAAGAAUGGCACCGUGGGGAGAGCUGGAGUUAACGACGACUUCAAGGUGGGCGAGAUAGAGUCGACAGGUCGUCGUUCAGUGACGUCACUAAGCGGCGUGCGUCGUGACUCCGAAGUGAUGUACGUAGGCACGCUGGGCGCCGGACCGCAGCAGCGCGGCAACGUCGCCGACAUGUUCGAGCCCGAGCCGCGCCCGCCCAAGCCGCCGCUCACGAGGUCAGCAAGUCAGCCGGACUUCACAGCGCCAUCUGGCGAAGACAGCGGCAUCGGUCAGGAAGUACUGCUGCAGGAACCAGCCAGUAUCUUCGACAGGCCCGGCUUUGGCAGUGUGGCGUUUAGGCGUUCAAUAACAGCGACUUUAAGCGCUCUACCGGCGACGACGGUGGCGGGCGGCGAGGAUCUGUCCAUAGGGUCGGCGGGGUCGCUGGCGGCGCGCCACGCCUAUGCGCCUGCUGAGUGGAACUCCGCUCACUCAGAAAGUUCAACCAUAACAUCGGACGAAGAAGGCGAAACGGAAGAAUCUGCUUACGCAUCCUUAGAACGCUUCCUCACCGCUUGGGGCCUUUCCCAGUACGUUCAGAAGUUCAAAGACGAACAGAUCGACUUGGAUGCCCUUAUGCUACUUACUGAGAGCGACAUGAAGACCCUAGGGCUCCCAUUAGGACCAUACAGGAAGCUGGUCACAGCAGUUCAAGAGAGAAAGCAGGCGUUGUCCCACCCAGGCCCGAUCAUCGACACCCCCAUAUAAGGCAAUGUUUUACCAUUAUUUUUGUAGUUACUUUUGUUUGAAGGCCAUGUGUUAAAAAACUAUGAUAUCACAACCUUAAAUUAUGACGGCAGACGCAGAGGUAAGGCAAUCCUUGCGUACCCAGGCACAUGAUAAGGCAUAAUUUUACCAUAUUUUUACUGCCGACCUAGUUUUUUUAAUAAAAGGACUUUUAGGGUUCAAGCAAAAGCUAUUAUAGACAGAUUUGUACCUAUAAAGACAACUUUUACCAAUACAUAUUUGUGUAGUUGUGUGUUGUUUGAAUAAUUUUAAAGGGUCAGACAUAGUA